CUUCCGGGUCCAUUUUGACGACAUGUUGGUUACAAACGGCGAGGAACAUGCCACACUGUUGCGUUCCACAGUGCAGGAAUAGAAGUGAAACAAAUCCCCAUUUGUCAUUUUAUCGGUUUCCUGCUAAUCCUGCUACUCGAAGGAAAUGGAUCUUGAUGAUUCAGCGAGAUGACUUUGAUCCAACCCCUAAUACCCGAGUCUGCAGUUGGCAUUUCCCCCAUGGCAAGGAAAAGGGACCGUCUAGAUUUCACUGGACUGAGGAUCUCAAGGAGGGACAAUUCACUCCUCAUGAUGAUACCACUGACGUGAGGAAAACGAGGCAGUCAAGGAAACUUGGCGGCAGUACCAAGCAUUACGUUAAAUCGGACAAUCCUCUGGAGAUUCUGGCUUCUGCUGCCUCAGUCAUGGAGGCAUUGGCGCCACAUCCUGUAGCCAUUGCAACAAAGGAUCUUGGGAAAAGAUACUUCAGAGUCAUUGAUGAUGUGGAACGCUACAAUUUACAUGCUUAUGCUAAAAAGCCGCGUUCAGCAGAUAGUGUACGGGAUGGUAAAGUGGAUAAAACGAUGGAUGGUGGUGUGUCUGAAGACUAUGUGGCUAUGUAACUAACAAGACUUAUUUUUGUACAUAUUUAUAUCUAUUUCUGAGAUGUAUUUGUAUAUUGUUAUUGUGAUAUUAAAGAAAUGUUUGCUAUUUUGUCAUGUACCAGUAAUCUCUUUUUCAGCUUUCUGAACUGAUUAAUUUUGGAAUAAAUAUUUUGGAAAAGUGA